AUGCCUGUGGUACCGACCCUGGCCCCUGGAGUGUCCCGGAAACGAAGCGCCAAUCCCGGGGAGAGCGCUGGACACGAGCGGGAGGCGAAGAAAGCGUGCUGGGGCAUCCUGACCAGUCAAGGCUCGUGGGCAGACCGCUCCCCGCUCCAUGAAGCUGCUUCUCAAGGUCGACUUCUCGCUCUGCGCACUCUUCUCAACCAGGGGUAUCCCGCGAACAUUGUGACCAUCGACCAUGUGACGCCUCUUCAUGAAGCCUGUCUGUCGGGACACGUGGCCUGUGUGAGGGCUCUGAUCAACGCUGGAGCAAAUGUGAACGCGACGACCAUAGACGGAGUGACGCCUCUGUUUAACAGCUGUGCGUGUGGAAGCUCAGUUUGUGUCGAGCUGCUGCUGCAAAAUGGAGCUGACCCCAAAACUGCUCUGGCUCAUCACCCGUCCGCCCUGCACGAGGCCUGCAAGAGAGGCAGCCGGGAGUGUGUUGAGUCCCUUCUGUCGCGGGGAGUGGAUCCGGACUAUGAAGUGCCACAUUUAGGGUCCGCCCUCUACAUCAGCUGUUUGCACAAGAACCCAGGCUGCUCCCAGGUUCUACUGCACCGAGGAGCCGAUGUAAACAGAGGGCGAGGAGAGGACACGCCGCUCCAUGCAGCUGUGGCCAGUGACAAUGAGGAGCAGGUUUCUUUGCUGCUGGAUUUUGGAGCCGACGUGAACCGGAGAGACUGUAACAACCUGCGGCCGGUGGAGCUGGCGCCCCCUGGUGGUAGGGCACAGAGGCUGCUGCAGGCUCACAAUGUUUCUCCUCGGUCGCUGUGUGAACUGUGCCGUAUCCACAUCCGAAGUCUGAUUGGUGGAUCCAGGCUCAAGUUCGUCCAACAACUUCCUCUUCCGUCUUUGCUCACGCAGUAUCUCGAGCACACGUAA